AUGGGUUGCACUUCUGCCCGUAUGCAAGCGGCGGCAAUAGAUCGCUCAGUGAAAAAGAUGGAUCGGUACAUGCAGGAUCCGGCAUAUCAAGCCGUAUUGCAAAAUGCUCACCAGCAGGUGUUGCAAAACCCCCAGAUGCAGCAGAUGAGAGCUGACGCCCUUGCACAAAUGAUGGGGGGUCAGGCCGGUCAGGCCCAAGCAAUGCCAGUGGCCCAAGCGCAGGUGGUUGAGGCAAGCGUGGUGGAGCCCGCCGCAGCAGCGCCGGCGGCGAAUCAGAGCGGGGCGCCGGCGUUCUGCACGCAGUGUGGCGUGGUGAUACCAGCGAUGAGCCCGGGGCC